UUCGCCUCAGCGACUCGGGCAUUGUGAUACUCUGUCGCACGGCACUUGCUGUAGUUAGGACCCUGAAUCGUUUUCUGCUGCGUUGCAGUGUGCCGUCUGCCUGCAGACACUGCGGAAGGAUUGAAUUGUACUCCAGACCUACGCUGUCACAUCCUUGGCGCGUUAGAGUAGCCUAGCCUUCGACUUAAUUUAGGGACACUGAUGACGGGGUGUUUUCUUCCCCUUUUACCCAAUUCCGUAUAAUCUCAAAACCGCACAUAUUUAGAUUUUGAGAGAAUAGGCUCAAUCUCCACUCUCCGUGCAUCUAUGUAUGGUUGUUCGAUUUAUCCACGAGGGGAGAAGUCAUUUGUGUAGUUUAGAUUGAAGUGCUUGGCACCGGCAGGCUGGCAUCCUUGAUAUAAGGUCACCAACUCAGGGCGCAGUUGAGAUGCACAACGUUAGCACUCUGCCAGUACCGCCAUUCACAACGCGCUGCGACUUGUCCAGUAAGCUGGUGGAACCCACACAGUCGUAAACGUGCCAGAUAUGAGUUUCUCCGGGGCAUCACACACUGUUUCAAUAGCCGACAGUAACGGACGCCUCAAAUUUGCCCGAUUUUGUCAUUAAUUUAUGUGUGACUGAUUUUCAAAAUACAAUCAUCUGCAAGCAUGUCUGCUGUUUACUCCAUCUACAAGCUCUUGAUCGGCUCCAUGUUCCUGCUUCUGGCACGGGCUGGGAGUUUGAGGGAGCCUUCCAGUCUCCGUCGCUUCCCCGACCACCAGCCCCCCGUCCACCCCUACCACCCCCCUUCCUCCUCCUCCUCCUCCUCCUCCUCCUCAUCCUCGGCUGCCGCCCUCACCCCUGACGACCAGGUUGAGCUCCUGCCAGCAGACCCUGACCCCGAGCGUGACCCCGAGCGUGACCCCAAGCACGUCCCCGGCUUCCUGGAGAGCUCUCAGGAGUCGGGCUUCUACAGCGAGGACAGCGAGGAGAACAAGCCCUCCCAGACGUCUGUGCAUCUCUGGGACAACUCCACCGGCCUGGACUCAGAGUCGCUCAUAGGGUACAGCGCUUCUCCUCUUCAUUCCAACUCUUCCUCUCCUCCACCUGUUCUCCCAUCCUCCUCCUCCUCCUCCUCUCCCUCCCCGUCGCUGUCUGAGUCCGUGGACUCCGACCCUUGGGAGAUGGACAGCGAGUCCAGCGGCGUCCUGUCUGAGCCCUCGUACGGCAGCCUGUCCCCGACAGACGCCACGCCGGUGGCCCCGUCCACCGUCACGGACGCCUCGGACGACAAUGGACCGCUGCUGGGACGCCAGGGGGAGCAGGCCUGGAGGGACGGCCCAGGGACAGCUGCUCCUGACGGGGCCUCGGAGGAGGAACAGCAGGGGGGCAUGGUAGCGGUGGAGGAGGAGGAGGAGGAGGAGAGGAUCCUGGGCAGGGAGAGUGACGUGCCAGCCCAGCCGCCCACCAUCGCCGAGAUGGGACCCAUGCCCACGGGGGCCCCUCUGCAGCCGGAGGUCUUGGAGCACGAUGGCACGGAGGAAGAGGUGGCGGGGAAGGAGGAGGAAGAGGAGGAGGACAGGAUGGCGUUUGCUCCCGUCGGAGGCGAGGAGGGGGAGGAGGAGGGCGAUGACGAUGAUGAUGAAGAGGAGCGAGGAGAGGAGAUGGACGGGGAGGACAGGGAGUGGCUGGAGAGCAGGGAGCGGACGCUGCACCACACGCCCCUCACCACCGUGCCGUCCUCCUCCGUCAUGCCCGCCGUGGUCUUCACCCAGGUGCCAUGGCAACACCUGGGCCCCGCCGACGCCGAUGCCGAUGGCGACGCCCAAGAGGAGCGCGAGCGGGAGUUGAGACGCAGCAGCACCGACUACAUGACCGAGUCGGACCUCCUCAACCCACAGCUAUCCCAGGAGGCCGUGCAGGUUAUCUGUGUGGAGUGGAGCAAGUUGACGGGUCAGGGCUACGUCAUCCUCAACAUGACAGACAACUUUGACUGUGACGAGUUCCGCAUGGAGAGCGGCGAGCGGCUGCUGGAGAUGCUGGAGACGGCGUUCUCGCGGAAGAUGAACAGCCCGCAGGGCUCCUGGCUCAUCUCCCUCAGCAAGCCCACCCGCCACGACCACGAGCUCCUCAUGACCCUCGCCAGCGAGCAGGGUGUUAUUGCAACUAAGGAUGUGCUCUCCAUGUUGGGAGAAAUUCGCAGAGGGCUGCGCGAGAUCGGCAUCCAGAACUACAGCAGUGUGACCAGCUGCCAUGCCCGGCCCAGUCAGACGCGUAGCGACUACGGCAAGCUCUUCGUGGUUCUGGUCAUCAUCGGGUCAGUGUGUGUGGUCAUCAUCGCCUCGGGUCUUAUCUACAUCUGCUGGCAGCGCCGACUCCCCAAGAUGAAAAACAUGUCACGUGGGGAGGAGCUCCAUUUGGAGAACGGCUGCCAUGACAACCCCACUCUGGAUGUAACGAGCGACAGCCAUUCGGAGCUGCGGGAGAAGAAGUCGAGUGCCAACGGCGUGCCAGUUGGAGGUGGCGGCGGCGGCGGAGGAGGAGGUGGAGUUGGAGGAGGUGGUGGUGGGGUAGGAGGAAGUGGAGGCUGGCAUAUCCUGGUCAACAAACCUGGCAAAGAGGAGGUGGACAACAUGGAGGAGGAUACACACCUCUAA